UUUGCUCAAACAAGAAAAAUCAAUACAACAAUGUAUAAUGUAUUUUGUUUUUCUGCCAGGUGGUACAAUACCUUCCAUUACUCCAGGAAAAUCUUCCUUAGUUGUGAAUAGUGGACAAGAAGUAAGACUGAUUUGCAACGAUGAUGGUCCAGUGACUUGGGAUUUUCAGAAUUCAGAACCUUUGGCAAAACCAAGACAUUUCAAUAAUAAAGAAUGGUACUUAAAAAAUGCAUCAGCCAAAGACACAGGCAGAUACAUAUGCAAAAACAAAGAGAGUUUGAACACUUCUAUAUAUGUUUUCGUUAAAGAUCAACAUAAGCUUUUCCUUGCUGAAUCUGAGUCUUUCUUCUAUGUCAAAGAAGACAGUGAUAUUCUUGUGGCAUGUCCAGUGACAGAUCCGGAUGUUUCAGAUUUCACCUUGAAAUUAUGUGGUGGCAAACCAUUCCCCGAAAAUUUGACAUUUAUUUCCAAUCCCCAAAAAGGAAUAAUUAUUAAAAAUGUACAGAGAUCAUUUAAAGGGUGCUAUCAAUGCUCAGGAAAACAAAAUGGAGUUGAGAAAACUUCAGAAAAUAAAUACUUGAUUGUAAGGCCAGUUCACAAAACCCUCCCAGUUAUCACCUUAUCCAAACCCAGCCAGCUUCUCAAAGAAGGGGAAGAAUUUGAAGUUACAUGCACAAUAACAGAUGUAGAUAGCUCGUUGCAAGCUAAUUGGAUUCCUCAAAAUAACACGACUGUUAAAACCAAAAGCAAGAAUGUGGGUGAUUAUGGAUAUGAAAAGAAAUUAACAUUGAGCAUCCGUUCAGUGGGAGUUAAUGAUUCUGGAGCAUUCACAUGCCAAGCAAGAAACCCUUUUGGAACAUCCAAUGUCACAAUAACCUUGAAUGUACUAGAUAAAGGAUUUGUCAAUGUGUCUACUAUGAAGAAUACAACAAUAGAUGUGAAUGCUGGAGAAAAUUUAAAUUUAAUAGUUGAGUAUGAGGCUUAUCCAAGACCAGAAGAAGAAGUGUGGUUAUAUAUGAAUGAAACAUUACACAAUUCAUCUGAUCAUUAUGUCAAAUUCAAGACUGUGGGCAAUAACAGAUAUAGGAGUGAGCUUCACCUUACCAGACUAAAAGGAACAGAAGGAGGCAUUUACACAUUUUUUGUAUCCAAUUCUGAUGCCAAGUCCUCUAUAACAUUUAAUGUCUAUGUGAACACAAAACCAGAGAUUCUCACUUCAGACAGACUUAGCAAUGGCAUGCUCCAGUGUGUGGCUGCUGGCUUCCCUGCCCCUACUAUAGAUUGGUAUUUUUGUCCAGGAACUGAGCAAAGAUGUUUUGAUUCACCAGCUAUAUCUCCAGUGGAUGUGAAGAUCAGUUAUAGAAAUUCAUCAGUUCCAUCAUUUGGAAGAAUAGUAGUUGAAAGUACCAUUGAUGCCAGCACGUUCAGAAACAAUGGCACCAUUUCAUGUGAGGCUUCCAAUGAUGUUGCCAGAAGUUCUGCUUUUUUCAAUUUUGCAAUUAAAGAACAUAUCAGUACCCACACCCUCUUCACUCCUUUACUGAUAGGGUUUGGAGUUGCAGCAGGACUGAUGUGCAUCAUAGUAAUGAUUCUCAUGUACAAAUAUUUACAGAAACCCAAAUAUGAAGUUCAGUGGAAAGUCGUUGAAGAAAUAAAUGGAAACAACUAUGUUUACAUAGACCCAACACAACUUCCUUAUGAUCAAAAAUGGGAGUUUCCUAGAAAUCGAUUGAGUUUUGGUAAAACUCUUGGUGCUGGAGCUUUUGGGAAAGUUGUGGAGGCUACUGCAUAUGGUCUGUUUAAAUCUGAUGCUGCAAUGACAGUAGCAGUAAAAAUGCUCAAACCAAGUGCCCAUUUAACGGAGAGGGAAGCAUUAAUGUCUGAGCUCAAAGUUCUAAGUUACCUUGGUAACCAUAUUAAUAUUGUGAAUCUUCUUGGAGCCUGCACGAUUGGAGGUCCCACUCUGGUCAUCACGGAAUAUUGCUGCUAUGGUGAUCUUUUGAAUUUUCUGAGAAGGAAACGCGAUUCAUUUAUUUGCCCAAAGCAUGACGAAUGUGCAGAAACGGCAGCUUAUGAGAACCUUCUGCAUCAAAAAGAGUCUGCAUGUGAUGUCAUCAAUGAAUACAUGGACAUGAAACCAGGAGUCUCUUAUGUUGUUCCACCAAAAGCAGAUAAAAGAAGAUCAGGGAGGACAGGAUCAUAUAUUGAUCGAGACGUUACCAUUGCAAUAUUAGAAGAUGAUGAAUUAGCUCUGGAUGUUGAAGAUCUACUGAGUUUUUCUUAUCAGGUGGCUAAGGGCAUGAGCUUCCUUGCCUCCAAAAACUGCAUUCAUAGGGAUUUGGCGGCAAGAAACAUUCUUCUCACUCAUGGUCGAAUAACAAAAAUUUGUGACUUUGGCCUUGCUAGAGAUAUCAAGAAUGACUCAAAUUAUGUAGUCAAAGGAAAUGCUCGGCUUCCUGUAAAGUGGAUGGCUCCUGAAAGUAUUUUCAACUGUGUAUAUACCUUUGAGAGCGAUGUCUGGUCUUACGGAAUAUUACUUUGGGAACUGUUUUCUUUAGGAAGCAGCCCUUACCCUGGAAUGCCUGUGGACUCCAAGUUUUAUAAAAUGAUUAAGGAAGGAUACAGAAUGUUUAGUCCAGAAUGUGCACCUGUUGAAAUGUAUGAGAUAAUGAAGAGUUGCUGGGAUGCUGAUCCUGUACAGAGACCAACAUUUAAGCAAAUUGUACAGCUAAUUGAGCAGCAGCUUUCAGAUAAUGGAAACCAUGCUUACUCUAACUUUACACCCCAUCAAGUUAAUGCUGCAGAUCACUCAGUGAGGAUUAAUUCUGUGGGAAGCAGCGCUUCAUCUACUCAGCCCCUUCUGGUUCGUGAAGAUGCUUGAAAGAGGAGAGGGGCAUCUGGAAACAGGCUGCCCAGAUGGAUUAGAUACUUAUUCUGCAGAGGGCAGGGGAGGAUAGACCUUAAUGAUUUAUCUUACUUUACUCACUAGCAGGGUAGUCUAAAUAUGCUAUAAUACUGUCCUUUACUACACACUGUUACACAUAAACUUAGUUCAUCCACCGCAGCCAUUUUUGCAGUGUUGACUGCAGCUGUAUAUGUUUUGCUAUAUUGUAUGUAUUUGCAGUAGGGUGUCAUAUAAACAAAAUCUAAAUCUUAAGCGUGGGUGUGGAGCUAGAUGAAUACAAAUCUAACCAACUAUUAAAUAGUCCAUCUCUAGAUCUGUGCCUGGAAAGCUAAUAGUAAUUUUCUGAUUGCUUGUUUGUUGGGGGGCUUUUUGAAACAUUACUGAAAAAUACAUACAUACAUACAUACAUACAUACAUACAUA